AUGGCUUCGUCGAAAAGAAUCGGCAAGGAGCUGGCCGACCUCACCAAGGAGCCGAUCUCAGGCAUCACCGUUGAGCCCAAGGAGGACAACAUUUACAAAUGGGUCGCAAAGCUCCAGGGACCAGCAAAGAGUCCGUACGCCGGAGGCACAUUCUUGGUCGACAUGGAUUUCCCCAUAGAGUAUCCUUUCAAGUCGCCCAAGGUCAAGUUCAACACGCGCAUCUACCACCCCAACAUCGACGAGAGCGGAAGUGAGUCUCAAUGUCACAACGUCGUCAGAGGCAAGGUUGGGAGUGCUCUUACUGACUUUUUGGAAUUCGACGCUGGCUAUGACGCAGACUUGUGUGUUGGUAUCCUCAAGAGUGAAGCAUGGAAGCCUAGCACAAAGGCGGUCACCAUUUUGCUCUCCAUACUCCAGCUCCUCGAAGAGCCUAACCCGGACGAUGCAUUGGUCGCGUCUAUUGCUGAGCUGUACAACACUGACAAGGCAAAGUUCGACAAGACGGCGCAAGAGUACACCAAAAAGAUGAAGGCUUGCAAUGGCAUCGAUUUCUUCGUUCCAGAUCUCGAUCUUGCGCACUCGUUUGAAGAGGAUGCUUAG